GUUUGGUCUCCAACCUCGGAUCUGCUCAGGAAUAUUCACUUGUCUUGCUGAGCAAAAACAUCAUGAGUUGCCAGAUCUCCUGCAAGUCCCGAAGAGGAGGAGGCGGAGGAGGCGGAGGAGGCGGUGGAUUCAGGGGCUUCAGUAGUGGUUCAGCUGUGAUCUCUGGAGGGAGCCGGAGAUCGACUUCGAGCUUCUCCUGCCUGAGCCGCCAUGGUGGUGGCAGAGGAGGCUCUGGUGGAGGUGGCUUUGGCAGUCAGAGUCUUGUUGGCCUUGGAGGUUACAGGAGCAUCUCUAGUAGCGUGGCUGGCUCCGGUGGUGGAUUUGGUGGCAGGAGCUCCGGGGGCUUCGGAGGUGGCUUUGGUUUUGGAGGAGGCCGUGGAUUUGGAGGUGGCAGCGGCAUCGGAAGUGGCAGCGGCAUCGGAGGCAGUGGAUUUGGCGGAGGUGGCUUUGGCGGAGGCCGCUUUGGAGGUGGCAGCGGCAUCGGAAGUGGCAGUGGCAUCGGAGGCGGUGGAUUUGGCGGAGGUGGCUUUGGCGGAGGCCGCUUUGGAGGUGGCCCUGGAGGAUUCCCCGGUGGAGGCAUCCAUGAAGUGUCUGUCAAUCAGAGCCUUUUGCAGCCUCUUGAUGUUAAAGUAGACCCAGAGAUCCAGAACGUGAAAUCUCAGGAGCGGGAGCAGAUCAAAACCCUCAACAACCAAUUUGCCUCUUUCAUUGACAAGGUGCGAUUCCUGGAGCAGCAGAACCAGGUGUUGCAUACCAAAUGGGAACUCCUGCAGCAGUUGGAUGUAGGCACCCGCACCACCAACCUGGACCCCCUCUUCCAGGCCUACAUUGGCAUGCUCAAGAAACAGGUGGAUGGGCUUUCUGCAGAAAGGACCUCACAGGAUUCAGAGCUGAAUAACAUGCAGGAUCUUGUCGAAGACUUUAAGAAGAAGUACGAGGAUGAGAUCAACAAACGCACGUCUGCGGAGAAUGAUUUUGUGACCAUUAAAAAGGAUGUGGACAGCUGCUACCUGGACAAGGCAGAGCUGCAGUCCAGGGUGGACCUACUGACACAGGAAAUGGAUUUCAUGACAACACUCUAUGAUGCGGAACGGUCCCAGCUACAGCAGAAUGUCACUGACACCAACGUCAUCUUGUCCAUGGACAACAACCGGAACCUUGACCUGGACAGCAUCAUUGCGGACGUUCAGAGUCAAUACGAGAUGAUCGCCCAUAAGAGCAAGGCUGAGUCAGAGGAGCUGUACCACAGCAAGUAUGAAGAACUCCAGGUCACCGCUGUGAAACAUGGAGACAGCUUGAAAGAGAUCAAGAUGGAGAUCAGUGAGUUGAACCGUAUGAUCCAGAGGCUGCAAGGGGAGAUAUCACAUGUGAAGAAGCAGUGUAAGGGUGUACAAGACUCCAUUGCAGAUGCAGAGCAGCGUGGGGAGCACGCCAUCAAAGAUGCCAGGGGCAAGCUCACAGACCUGGAGGAGGCCAUGCAGAAGGCCCGAGAGAACCUGGCCCGGCUGCUGCGUGACUACCAGGAGCUCAUGAACACCAAGCUUUCCCUGGAUGUGGAGAUUGCCACCUACAGGAAGCUGCUGGAGGGCGAGGAGUGCAGGAUGUCUGGAGACUUCAGUGACAACGUGUCUGUGUCCGUGACAAGCAGCACUAUUUCCUCAUCUGUGGCAUCUAAGGCUGGCUUUGGCUCUGGAGGUCAAGGUUCAGGAGGAAGAGGGUCUUAUGGAGGACAAGGAGGAGGAAGCACCUAUGGCUCUGGAGGUAGAAGCUCUGGCUUCAGAGGAUCUGGAUCCGGAUCUGGAGGAGGCGGAUACAGUUCUGGUGGAGGUUCCAGGGGAGGAUCUGGAGGAGGAGGAUUCAGCUCUGGAGGAGGCUCUAGGGGUGGCUCCAGCUCUGGAGGAGGAGGAUACAGCUCUGGAGGAGGCUCUAGAGGUGGUUCCAGCUCUGGAGGAGGAGGAUACAGCUCUGGAGGAGGCUCUAGAGGCAACUCUGGCUCUAGAGGAGGAGGACAUAGCUCUGGAGGAGGCUCCAGGGGAGGAUCUGGAGGAGGAGGAGGCUCCAGCUCUGGAGGGGCAGGAUACAGCUCUGGAGGAGGCUCCAGAGGUGGCUCCAGCUCUGGAGGAGCAGUGUCUGGCUCUGAAAGGGGUGGUUCUGGGUCAGGGGAAGGUUGCAGCUCAGGUGUGACCUUCUCCUUUAGAUAGAGAUGGGUCCUCUCUCUACUCUUUGACUCCAGAAUGUCAGCUGCAUCUCUGUAUCUCUAGCUCUGAUCAACUCUAGUAUUUGUAAUCCACCUCUGAUGUGAUUUUUUUUUCCUGAGAGGGGUUGAUAAUAGAUCUCUCUUAACAAUUAGAGCCAGAGAUACUCACUGUGUUUGGGGAAAGAAUCUGCAUUGUCCAAGUGUGUCUUCAAGCCGUGUCCCACUCCUGGCCUCUCUCAUUGUCUACCUGGCAGCCCUCCCAGAUGGUGGUGUGUUGAGGACCCCAGGGUAGCCUCCCUAUUCUACCCCCAACAGUAGUCUAGGGAACUAUGCUUUUUUGUACAUAGCAUCUUGAAUGGACUCUGCUUUCUGAGUGCUGGGGUCUGGGUCUCUGCAUAAUAAAACUUCAUUUGCAAUUGA